AUGGGUAGGACUGAGUGGAACGCCGCCAGCAUCUCCACGCUCAGUCGUGUUGUCAAACGACUGCAAGAUCCUCAAACUCGUCAGCGAUUUCUAUCGUUCGCCUUUCAAAUACUCCGACUAUCGUUGCAGCCCAAAACUUCCGAGACGGAGACCAAGGUUUUCGACGAAGCUGUUCGUCUGCUAUUACUUGGAGUUACAGACUUAUGGUCGGCAAUCCGAAAAGACUGCGCUAAGAUGGCAGCCUUAAUUGCAUACGAGUUCUCGUCACUGAGUCACAUUGAGCAGUUUAUGGACAGUUUGCUGUGCGUCGCUAUCGGCUCCCGCAGUGUCAGUACCGACAAAUCUCAAGUGACUGCGUGGACUGAACGGGAAGGCGCUUUACUAGCACUCUCUGCUCUUUUACGCUCCAUCGAAAUGGACUCGACUAGCCAACCCCUUGCAGUUAAUGCAGACGUCAGAACGUCUCAGGUUAAAGACGACAUCAAAGGCAUGUUGGGUAUUCGUCAACUGCCCGUGGUAAAGUAUCGUUUGGGAGCCAAUGGACGGCACACUUUUACUCAACUACCGCGUUGUCUAGUACAAACGUUAAAACCUGUGAUGUAUCAGUGUCUUCGCCACGAUCAGCUCAGUGUUCGGCAGCUCUCGGCGCAGUGCUUGGUGGGGUAUGCUUCUCUGUGUGAAGAACCGACACGACUUCUGAUUUUCCAGGAAGUGAUCAGCAAGUUGAAUCGUAUCAAUCGGAACGAGAAGGUCUCGGAGAGCGACACUGCUGCAAAUCCUGACGAAACGGAUCUGCUGGAUGCCUUUGAAGCUGAAGGUUUACUGGACGUGUUGGCUCGCAUGGCCCCGUGUCUCCCUUCGACCUUUCUGCUCAAGCACUGGAAGUUCGUGUUUCCAACACUGGAGAAGUAUGUUAUGCACAUCGCAUCGAGUGUUCGUCAGAAGAGCAGCAGUGUUGUGCUGGCACUGGCAAAGCAAAGUCGAAGCGCAACGUCAGGUGACGAGGCCUCGUUGAAGCUGAUGGUGCAGAUGCUGCUUUCGUUAUCCAAGCAGUUAACCGACGAAAGCGGGUUGUGUUGGCAGAGAAAAGAGGGGCGUUUAUUGAGUAUCGAGGUCCUCAUCAACCCAGAAUCCACAAAAUCACGCCAGCGUCAAGCAAGUUCCUUUACUGACUUGCAGACGUUCACGUGGGCACAUGAUCAAGCUCAGUCGUCCACAUGGAGAAACAAUGGUCAGAAUGGUUUUCCUGCUUCCGGCCAUGACUUCUGGCGACAGGUCUCGCGUGGAUUCAUCGCACAGACAAAAGAAGCGUUCGAGUCGUCGCAAUUUGAGCUUCGCCGCAUCUCUCGCCAGGUUCUUUCUGGUCUCCUGCGACUUGUCGUAUGGACAGAUCAGCUCAACUUCUUCUCGUCGACUGAACUCGUUGCUGAGGAGGCGGAGAGAUCGUGGAGUUGGACGUGCGUAAAGACGUUGAAGUUGCUACGUCACUUAAGCUAA